ACCGCGGCCCCUUCUUAAGCCUGCGGAGGCUCUGGCUGCCCCUCACUCGCCUCCCACCCGUCUCUCUCCCGCGAUGGCCUCGGCGCUCAGCUACGUCUCCAAGUUCAAGUCCUUCAUCAUCUUGUUCAUCACCCCGCUCCUGCUGCUGCCACUCAUCAUCCUGAUGCCCGCCAAGUUUGUCAGGUGUGCUUAUGUCAUCAUCCUCAUGGCCAUCUACUGGUGCACAGAAGUCAUCCCCCUAGCUGUCACCUCCCUCCUGCCGGCCUUGCUCUUCCCACUCUUCAAGAUUCUGGACUCUAAGCAGGUGUGUAUCCAGUACAUGAAGGACACCAACAUGCUGUUCGUGGGUGGCCUUAUGGUGGCUGUGGCUGUGGAACACUGGAAUCUGCACAAAAGGAUUGCCCUGCGCACACUGUUGUGGGUGGGCGCCAGGCCUGCACAGUUGAUGCUGGGCUUCAUGGGUGUCACAGCCUUUCUCUCCAUGUGGAUCAGCAACACGGCCACUACUGCCAUGAUGGUGCCCAUUGUGGAGGCCAUGUUGCAGCAGAUGGAGGCCACAGAUGCUGCCAUGGAGACCAACUUGGGGUCCCUAGAACUGGCUGACAAAGAAAAGACCAGUGAGCUUCCAGGGAACCAAGUGAUUUUUGAAGGCCCUGCCACCGGGCAGCAGGAAGAGCGUGACAGGAAGAGCAUGUGCAAGGCCAUGACCCUGUGCGUGUGCUACGCGGCCAGCAUCGGAGGCACCGCCACCCUGACCGGGACAGGACCCAAUGUGGUGCUCCUGGGCCAGAUGCAUGAAUUGUUUCCUGGCAGCAAAGACCUUGUCAACUUUGCCUCUUGGUUUGGCUUUGCCUUCCCCAACAUGCUGAUAAUGCUGCUGCUUGCUUGGUUGUGGCUCCAGUGUAUCUAUAUGGGAUUCAGUUUUAAAAAAUCCUGUGGCUGCGCCCUGGAGAGGAGGACAAAGGAGCAGGCUGCAUACGAGGUGCUUCGAGAGGAGUACCGGAAGCUGGGGCCCUUCUCCUUCGCAGAGGUCAAUGUGCUGCUGUGCUUCCUCCUGCUAGUGGGCCUGUGGUUCUCCAGGGACCCUGGCUUCAUGCCUGGCUGGUUGUCACUCGCCUGGACAGAGGGAGAGACAAAAUAUGCCUCUGAUGCCACUGUGGCUGUCUUUGUGGCGAUUUUGUUAUUCAUUGUGCCUUCACAGAAGCCCAAGUUCAACUUCUGUAGCCAGACAGAGGAAGAAAGGAAAACUCCAUUUUAUCCCCCUGCACUGCUGAACUGGAAAGUGACCCAGGAGAAAGUCCCCUGGGGCAUUGUGUUGCUCCUGGGGGGUGGAUUUGCUCUGGCUAAAGGAUGUGAGGCUUCGGGGCUGUCUGAAUGGAUGGGGAAGCAGAUGGAACCCUUGCACACUGUGCCACCAGCAGCUAUCACGUUGAUCUUGUCCUUGCUUGUUGCUGUGUUUACAGAAUGCACAAGCAAUGUGGCCACCACCACCCUGUUCCUGCCCAUCUUUGCUUCAAUGUCACGUUCCAUUGGCCUCAAUCCGCUCUACGUCAUGCUACCCUGUACUCUGAGUGCAUCCUUUGCCUUCAUGUUGCCUGUGGCCACCCCACCUAAUGCCAUCGUGUUUGCCUACGGACAUCUCAAAGUUUCUGACAUGGUGAAAACUGGACUAAUGAUGAAUAUCAUCGGAGUCUUCUGUGUGUUUCUGGCAGUCAACACUUGGGGACGAGUCAUGUUUGAUUUGGAUCAUUUCCCUGACUGGGCUAAUGUGACACAUGUUGAUACUUAGGGAGAAUUUCAAGACCAGCCACACUGCCCCACCCUCCCAAGGACUCCUGGAACUUACCUUGCAACAGAGAUUUGGGGUCCACACUUGGAAGUGAUUCAGUGAUGCUCACUCCCCUUGAGAUUCAGCUUUUGCCUAGACCAGGUUCAGAAAUGGAAAUGGGCAGCAGGAGGGCAGGCUUGAGGUGAAGGGGCCCAAGAGAUUGCUGCUGUCUUUCUCUCCAGGGGCCUUGCCAUAAUCUCUGGCAUGGGCAGACUCCUCCAACCAACCCAUUUUGCCUCCAGCCAACUCAACACUGGGCUCUGAUGUCCACUUGCUUAGUGCCUGGGUCUUCUAACGAGAUCCCAGAUCCCCAGCUCGGGAAGUGAAGAAACGCCUUCCAGAAUCUGUGACUUUCUUGUUCUCGUGGGCUGCCUUGGAUGAAUCAUUCAAGCGAUCAACAGCCCAGGAAGAGACAUGCAGCUCAGGGAAGCUCCUGCUGCUGAAGAUAGAGCUCAGCAUCCCUGAAAGACAAGUGUGCUAUAUCAAAGGACACAGAAUUUGAAUUCUUGGCUUCUGAUCACAUCACCCAUAGCACAACCAUGGCUCACUGCCCCAUCAGUCCACUAUAACUCAUAUCCUUUCCUCAGCACUUCCUUCAAACCCUCAGGCCCUCUGCUAUCUGGGCAAAUAUUGCUGGAAUCCCCUGGCUGAGACCCUUUGGCUCCCCUCUUCUUAGUUUAUUCUCAGUUGAUUCUUCCCAGAAAUGUCUGUCCCACCAUUCCUGUGUUCCUGGGAUCACACUCCAAGUCUGAGAAGUGAGUUAUUUAGGGGCCGCCAGGUCCUUUCACCUGAAGAACCAACCAGCAUGGACACAGCUGUAAAAGGUCAAGAGGCCUUCAUCUUGUGUCCAUGGCAGUCACACCUGGAAACAACAGAGCUUUCUUGAGAACCAGCAGUGUUUGAGAGCUCCAGAACGAGGCCCUUGUCGAUUAUUGAUUUUUUCUGACGUUACACAGCAGAGACUCUCAUGAUGAAUCUUUCAAACUCCUGUGAGACAGAUGGAAGACAUCACCCCUUUUAUCUUCUAACUCAAUUUUAUUUGCUUCUCAUGCUGCUUUAGGAAAGGUGGUGGUAGACAUA